GAGAAGAGACCGGCUGCAGCCCACCAGGUGAAAACUGCAGAUCUCUCUCUCAGGCGAUCGGAGAUUCCACAGAAAUGUUGAGGUUCUUCUUGGCUGCCGUCUUCUCUUGUCUGCUGGCUACAGAAGUCAGGGCUCACAAAGCUGCAAGACUCGGUUGCCACUUACACUCUUUCAACGUCACCCUCCAAAGUGACCGCCAGGGCAUGUGCCGGGGCACCCGCCCCAUCCAGGCUUGCGUGGGGUACUGCGAGUCCAGCGCCUUUCCCUCCAAGUAUUCGGUGCUCCUGGCCAGCAGCUUCAAGCACAACAUCACCUCCGUCUCGCAAUGCUGCACCAUCAGCCGAAUGCAGACGGUGAAACUCCGGCUGCGUUGCCAUCUCGGUUUGCAGAAAACAGUGGACAUUUUUACUGCCAAGACCUGCCAGUGUGACGUGUGCCGCCUCUCCAGAUAUUGAAGCUCUUUUCUGAUGAUUUCUGCAGCCACCAACAAGGUCCGUUGUUUCUCAACGUUGACAACUUUUAAGAUGCGCGGACUCCCAGAAUUCUGGGAGUUGAAAUCCGCACAUUUUAAAGUUUGCCAAAGUUGAGAAACACGGAACCAAAUGGAUCUUCUACAGGCCGUGUUUGCCACUGUCCUUGCGCUGAAAUGGCCCGUUUGUGUUUAAAAAAGAGAGAUGCUUUUAAUUCUGUAAGAAAUUAC